CAGAGGAGCAGACUGAAGUCAUCUGGAGCUGGAUAAGAACCUCGAUUGGACCAAACUGAGGAGAAUAUCUAAACAUGGAAAAUGGACAAACAGAAACGGAAGAAAGGACAGAGGACGUUUCAGAAGAUAAAGAAGAAAAUGUGGAGGAGGCUAACUUGGAGAUCGUACAGCUGCAGGGCUUGGUGGCUGAGCUGCGCGAGGGACUCCAAACCGCCCUGACUGAGCUGUGUGAGCUGCGUCAGAGGGACCAAGGUUUGGAGGAGAAGCUCCAGGCCCACGAGACUGAUGUGGAUGAUAAGAUAAUGAGCCUAAAGAACUCCCUCAACACUUUCAAGGAGGAGCUGAAUGUGGCGUUGUUCCACAUAAAAGAUGUGUCCAGCAGACAGAGAGAGGUGCAGAAGAAGAUAGAAAUAAUGCUUCAGUCAGAAAACAACAAAGAGUUAAUCUCUGUCCCACACAGUAGAAAGAGCUCCAAAGCAGAUGUGCUUUCAGCACCAGGGGAUGAACACAUCUGUACGCCCAGCCAGUCAGACCUCAGCGUUAUUCAGAACUUCUUCUCCAGUCUGCCACAAAGUGCAUCACCACAGAGGAGCACCACGUCCACACAGACCUCUACCUCUGAUCAGGAGGCUCAGCAGCAGAGAGGUUUUCUGUCAAAAACUCCAGCAUGGGGAGAGAUGAAGACCAGCAGAGAUGACACAGAGACAUCCAACAACCCGACUGAAAACAAUAAACGGCAGAGGGUGGCUUUGGAGCUGCUGGAGUCAGAGAGGGUUUAUGUGUCUCACCUGUCUCUGCUACUGAAGGCCAACAUAUCCUUUAAUGGGACAGAAGCUCUCACAUCUAAAGACAAACGUCCGUUUCCCAGCUCUUUGAGGUUUCUGAUCCAGCAGCAUCUGGAGCUCCUCCACACUCUGCAGGAACGUGUGCUCAAGUGCCAGUGGCAAGGCAUCAUGGGGGAUGUGUUUAUGAGGCUCACCAGCAAAGAGAAUGAUUUCUUGGACUUGUAUGUUUCCUACCUGAAGGAGCUCCCAGAUUGUCUGUCAGUUGUCACCAUGUUGUCCUCCAGCUCCAUGAAAUCAUCUGCCUUUAUGGAGAGUGACCUAACAGGUGAUGAAUCGAAACCCUCCCUCUACACUCUACUGCUUCAGCCAGUUCAGAGGAUUCCUGAGUACCUUCUGCUGCUGCAGGGCUUGCUGAGGCAGACAGACGCAGAGCACCCAGACUAUUACCUGCUGCUGGUGUGCAUCCAGCACUUCAGGUCCUUCACAGCUCAGUACCACCACCUCCUGCAGCACAACCAGGAGCUUCUGUUGCACAACCGAAAGGAGAUGAAGAGGUCUACCAUGAAACAGCUGUUAAAAACAGUAGAAAGUGGAAUUCAAGUUAACAACAUUGGCUCACCAUACCCUUGCAGCAGUACAGUGCUAGAACAUGCAAAUCAGGUGAAACAGAGCAAACAGCGUCUCCUAGAGCAGAUCCAGUCUCAUCAUUUCCAAGUUUGGGAUCGGGACCAGGAUUCAGAAUCACAUGGUUCACAUGAUUGGCCGUCUCAGCUUCAGUUCUUCAGCUCCAAUAUGGACUCAAGGAACCACAAACCAACAGGUCUUGUCAGUAUCCCAGAGAGUGAGGGAUCUGAGAGGUCUCUGUCCUGCCAGCAUCAUCUUCCCUCCAGAUCCACUGACUUCCGUCAGGUUCAACCAGGCUCAGCUCUGGCAGAUGCCCUUGGAGAAUUCCUUCUUCCUCCAGACCCCCCAGGAAUGGAGAGCCUCUACGAAGAGGAGGGGGGCUCCCUCCGCGAUGUCUCCAUGUUCGACCGCUGCUCAUCUGCCUCCUCAGAUUCUUCCAUUGACAUCGCCUUUGUGAAGUGCCCCAAAGCCCCCCCUGCAUCACAUCACGCAAUGGCCACAAAUGUGUUGACAACCCGUGAUGCCUUCAGCAAUGGUGGAAGUCAGGGGAACAGUUACAACAAACUGUCAAACCGAGGGUGUGCGUCUCCGGAUGAAGCUGUAAUGAUGCGGCACAAUCAGCACCGCCCCCUUCAGGCCAGCCAGCGGAAGAGUAAGUCACUGAAUGGUCUGCAGAUGGACACCACAGUGAGCUUGGAUAGCGGCCAGCUAUCAGACCAUCUCCAUAGGGUGGGACUUGGGAGCCAUGCCAAGCUGGAGCGCCAGGGCAGUAAGGGCAGCAGAGGGUGUCCCACCCCAUCCCGUAAGGUUCAGAGCCCCCUGGGGAACAGAGCUGAUACAGAUAAACAGCAUGAGGAUCUUCAAGGAAUGCUCAGCAUCGACUCUGGAUUCCAGUCAUGGGGGGAGGAUUCUAAGUGGAGAAGCGGGGUAGAGGAGAAUAAUCACACCCCCUUCAGCGAGAGGAGUCGGAAGCAGGACAAAGGAGGGUUCAGGAGCUCGUUUAAGAAACUCUUCAAAAAGAAGAGCAGCGAUGAGAAGAAAGACAAGGGAGGUGAGAAAACACCAGAAAACCAAAACAGUGGUGAACACGAGACACCAGGGAAAACUCCUAAACUGGCACAUCUGGAUAUAAAUCGUGGCACAGCUGUAUGAGCUCUACUGUAUUAUAGCACACACAAACACUGUAAAAAAAACUGAUGAAAUAUUAAGGGUGAUAUAUUUAAUAUCAGUGCAAAAUAAGGCUCAUUUUUAAACAUUUAUGACUGAUACAUAAACGCUGUACAGAUAUAAUCCACUCAGCCAAGCUACCUUUCCUCUUAUCAUCUCUGUGUGGCAUGUUCUUGUGGAGAGAAAAGUUCAUUUUGAGGGACAGCAGGUGAUUUAACGUGGCUUUGAAAGCAAGUUUUGAUGAAAAGCAAAGAAAGAGUUUUUGCUCAGUAAAAAAGGAAACAUGAGGUUAAAGGCAUCAGUGUGUAUUUGUAAAUUUGCUUAAAAUGUUUUCCUCUUAGUUUGUAUCACAUUUUUCAUGCUAAGAACAUAUUAAACUUUAUGAUGACAGACUUUUCCACUAGAGGGUAUAAUCUGACGCUAUCAAACCUUAUUUUUUUAAAUGUGUCUCCUCUGCUUCUAGAUUUUUCCCUUAGAAAUCCUUUACCUCAUUUCUUUGAAACCUGUAGAAAUGCAAAAAAACAUCAUAUAGAUCGUCUUCACUAUUUCAUAGGGCUUUGAUUUUAAAUAUUAUGGACUUAACUGUAGGCCAACUUUGUCUCUGUUAAGCUGAUGUUUAAUGCCCUAAACAAAAACUAUUUUGUGUAUUAUUUACUCAGGAGAACAUUUAUUACAUUUAUGUUGUGUAUGUUUUAUGUGCUCAGCAUUUUGCUGUUAGGAAAGACAGAAC